GGUGACAUUUACGACUCCGUAAGGUUGCAGAGGUCAAAAGGUUUCACAAAGAUAGUAAAUUAAACCGGCACUAUUCAUACAACUCCAAAAUGUUCUCCAGAGUAGUAAGACCCACACUUGUCUCGGCAAGAAAUUUCAGCACCAGCAAACAGAACAAUGUCAAAGUAGCCGUAGCUGGAGCCUCUGGCGGCAUUGGUCAACCUCUCUCCUUACUUCUCAAACAGAGCCCCCUUGUCACCGAACUCUCACUCUACGACAUCGUUCACACCCCCGGAGUAGCCGCCGAUUUGUCGCAUAUUGAAACCCCCGCCAAAGUCACCGGUUUCAAUGGGCCUGAAAACCUCAAACAAGCGUUCGCUGGCGCCGAGGUAAUUAUAAUCCCCGCUGGAGUCCCACGCAAGCCUGGAAUGACCCGAGAUGACUUGUUUAACACGAACGCGUCCAUCGUGCGAGAUUUGGCUGAAGCAGCCGCUCAAAGCGCCCCCAAGGCUCUAAUUGGAAUUAUCUCCAAUCCAGUUAAUUCAACCGUACCUAUAGCAGCUGAAGUAUUGAAAAAAGCAGGGACUUAUGACCCUAAACGGCUAUUUGGAGUGUCCACGCUGGACAUAGUCAGAGCUAACACUUUUGUGGCGGAACUCAAAGGCUUAAACCCGUUGGAAGUGAAAGUACCAGUUAUUGGGGGUCACUCAGGGGUUACGAUUAUUCCUCUGAUUUCUCAAACAACCCCUGCGGUCAGUUUUCCUCCAGAUCAGCUCAAAGCGUUGACUGAAAGGAUCCAGGAGGCUGGAACUGAAGUAGUGAAAGCUAAGGCUGGAGCUGGUUCAGCCACACUGUCCAUGGCUUACGCAGGAGCACGGUUUGCCAUUUCAUUAAUAAGAGCGUUAAAAGGAGAACAGAAUAUUGUGGAGUGUGCGUAUGUGGAGUCAGAUGUUACAGAGUCCAAGUACUUCUCAACACCUCUCUUAUUGGGUAAGAACGGUUUAGAGAAGAACUUAGGUUUGGGGAAAUUGAACGAUUUUGAGCAAGAUUUGUUGAAGAAGGCAAUCCCAGAAUUGAAGAAAAAUAUACAAAAAGGUGAAGACUUUGUUCAUAAGAAAUAAGUGUAAAAAUAUUUGUAAACCAUAAGGAGUACAGUGCAUUUGUCUUAAUUUUGUUUCACACGUCUUGUCAUUUUUUGUAAUUAGGAUUUAAAAAAGUCAAAUACAAACCAAUUUAUCAUUUAUUCAAA